AUGGUCGAGACAAGGCGCCGCAGCGCUCGAAUUGCGGACGCAAAGAUCGAACUGCUGGACCAUCACACCGCACCAGAAAGUGCCGAUUCAGACUCAAACUCCUCCGCUCUUUCGGACAUUGACGAAAGUGACUUUGACUCAGAUGUCAGGCCAACUAAACGCCAGAAGAUUGCGGGUGGACAAGCGUCGCGAGCGGUUAGGAAGACAAGGAGCACGACUGUCAAGACGGUGACGACGAGGACGAAAGUAUCAGCUACCACCACCACCAGCACCUCCACUUCAAUCACUACGACUCUCGCAGCAACACCAAUAGCCAAACCCAAAGCAACAGCAGCCUCAAUCCAGGCGCUCGUCACUCAGAUUUUUGACUGCCCCUUCCCCCAAGGAAACGAACCCCCAUGCCACCCACCCCAUCCUCAUCCAUUAACCUACCAUAACCCUCUCCUACUCUCUUCUCCCACAGCCCGCAAGCACCGCGAUGCCCUCCUCACCUGGUUUGACUCCGUCUCUUCCUCUCGGCAAAUGCCCUGGCGAAAACCAUGGAUCGACACUACCCCCUUCGUCUCUUCCUCCUCGUCCGCCACCUGUCCCCAGGACCUGAAGGAAGCUGUAGCCCAGCGGGCCUACGAGGUGUUGCUUUCCGAGACCAUGUUGCAGCAGACCCGAGUAUCGACCGUCAUUGCCUAUUACAACAAAUGGCUAGCCGCCCUCCCGACCAUGCAGUCUCUGGCAGCCGCCCAACCAGAGGAAGUUCUCUCCCUUUGGAAGGGCCUCGGCUACUACUCGCGCGCCACCCGCCUUCAUGCACUUGCACAACUGGUCUGUCCGCCCCCUGAAGAAGGUGGGUAUGAUGGGUUGCUCCCGCAGACGGUGGACAAGCUGGUGCAGCUGCCGGGGAUUGGGCGGUAUACAGCCGGCGCUGUUGCUUCCAUUGUGUACGGUUGCGCGGAGCCAAUGGUUGAUGGGAACGUCAUCAGGGUGCUGACGAGGCAGUUGGGGAUUAGAGGCGAUGUCAAGAGCAAAGAAGUGCUGGAGGUGGUGUGGGAGGCUGCUAAGCGGCUGGUUGAGGCUGUUGCUUGGGACGGCACCGAUGUCACCGAAGAUGGGCGGGAGGGGAAGGAACCCCCCGUCAGUGACAGGCCGGGCACAUGGGGUCAGGGCUUGAUGGAACUUGGAGCUACGGUCUGUUUACCAGGGCCAGCGAAGCCCAAGUGUGGACAGUGUCCUGUCAAGGACACUUGCAGGGCUUAUCAAGAGGGGGUGAAGAUUGCGACUCAGAAGGGACUGGUGCCGGAGGGGAAAGUGACGGCAAGGAAGAGAGUGGUGGACAUUGAAGAUUCAUGCACGCUAUGUCCACUACCCGAAGCGGAAGAGUCUGACAAGCAGGAGAGUGAUACUGGAACGAAAAAACGGAAGCAAGGCGAGGUGUCCGCGUUCUUUGACAAGUUCAAAACCUCAGGUACGCGCCGCAAGAAAGACGCAGCAGAGGACUCCGAUCCAGCAGAGCCAUCUUCAGCCGCCAUGGAAGUCAUCACUUCUCACUGCUGCAAGUAUCCCUACACAAAACCCAAGACGAAGAAGCUGCGCGAGGAAGAGUGUCUCGUGGUAGCAAUCCGCCGUCCAUCCGACGGGCGCUACCUGAUCCAUAAGCGGCCGGCCAAGGGUCUGCUGGCGGGCAUGUGGGAGCUUCCCAGCCAUACCUUGCCUGCUGAUUUGAAAUGGAACGAUGGGUCUGCGGCGAUGAAGAAGGACAAGGUGCGCAUGGUUUUGAAGGACGUUUUAAAAGAGGUGGGAGUGAGCAGUUGGAGGGAGAAAGAGGCAGAGCUGGGGACGGUGCCGUGGACAUUUUCGCAUUUCAAGUUGGCGAUGCAUGUAUGGGCCGUUGACUUGGUGAAAAGGGAUGAAGUCGGGAGUGAGGGAGGGGAGGGUAACGCGAAGAUGAAGAGGUGGGCGACGAUAGAGGAGAUCGAGGGAGAAAACAUGGGGACGGGGAUGAAGAAGUGUUGGGAGUUGGUUAAGGAAAGCAGAGGUAGGUAG